AUGGCAGACAAAUUAUCAAGAACUAUACAAAGAUUUCAAGCCAAGAUCGAUUCAGGCUCGUUCUAUGAAGCCCAUCAAACAUUAAGAACAAUUACCAAUAGAUAUGUCAAAUCAAAACAAUAUCAAGAAGCAAGUGACUUAUUAUAUCAGGGUGCUUCAAUCUUAUGCCAGAAUAAAGAAUACGCUUCAGCAUCUGAUUUAAUAAGUUAUUUAAUUCAAGUAUAUGAAGAACAAGGAGUAACUACCGAGACUCAAGAAAGUAAGCUGAGAUUAAUUGAGUUGGUUAAUGAAUUGCCUGAUACUGAUCCAACUUUGGUGGAUUUAUCAAAACAAAGUAUUACUUGGUCACAAAAGAAUCCAGCUGUGGCAAAAUUUGGUGAUUAUGAUUUACAUCAUUUAUUUGGAAGUAAACUUUUGAGGUUUAUUGAAAGCAAUGAAGAAUUGGAAUUGGCACAACGGAGUAAAUAUUUUGGAAUUGUUGAAUUACAUUUAAUUUUGGGUACUUUUGAAUCAAUCCCUUUAUAUGUUGAUUAUUUAUACUUGUGUCAUCAAGCUAAUCCAGAUGUAGAUCCUGGUGUGUUUUUAAGUAGGGCAAUUAUAAAUUAUUCAUAUUUGAAGAAUAUCAAAUUUGCCCAAAUUGCCAAAGAUUUAUUCAUAAAGAAAUUAGGUGGUGGAGAAUCUUUGGAUGGAAUUCAAUAUUAUGAAAAAUAUCCUUUGGUGAAUUUCUUACAAUUAUUAAUUAUAUCAUUACAAAAAGAAUCAAAUUCAAAUGGUCAAAAGUUUUUAAAAUUAUAUGAUCAUUAUAAACAAACUUUGACUCAAUAUGGGAUUACUUCAUCUAUUGAUUAUUUGGGUCAAUUAUAUUUCAAUUUGAAAUUAGGUAAUACAGGUCAACAAGGAAAUAUGUUGGCUAAUUUGAUGGGAGGUUUAUUCAANUAG